UUUAGUAAAAGUCUAAUUCUGUGUUGUUUUUCACGAUAAUAACAAUAUUAAUAACUUUAAAAGUAUUUGCUGCAGAAGAGAUUCGGUAGAAUGACGGUAGCGAGCAAAAUAACUUUUAUUACAAAUGAUUUAUUCAAAUUAAAAGGCAGCCGCAGCGGUAGGAUAUUGUAGAUCAUUUACAGAACAUAUUCUGCAUAGCGGUUCCAUGGAAGAAGCUGCCAUACAUUACAGUAGAAGAAAAAUAAUCCAAACUGUUCAAAGUCAAACAACAGACUUGUGCUGCCGCUGAAUAUUAAGAGAUCUCAUUUUGGGGGAGAGAGAGAGAGAGAGAGAGAGAGAGAGAGAGAGAGAGAGAGAGAGAGAGAGAGAGAGAGAGAGAGAGAGAGAGAGAGAGAGAGAGAGAGAGGUGAAAAAACAUGUCAUAAUCUUCACAUAACAAGUUUCCGGCACUAAAGCAAUCGGCAGAGUCAAAAAAAAAAAAAAGAGGUAGUGUGAUGACUUGUCAUUUGUUUAACGGUUAAUCAGAAAAGGAAGUUGAGACGGAUAGAAAUAUACAAGGAACCGCGAGUUAGCUGUUUUUCACUCGGGUCUGUUCCUGUGCUAGAAUGCUGCCUCUCGCAGUCCUGGUGCUGCUGGUCCCGCUCGUCAGUGGGCAGCUUUGCGCUGAACCCUCGCUGGAUAAUACCUGGAACCUGUGGAAGGAUUACCAUCAGAAAGAGUACACGAGAAAGGAUGAAGAGCUGUCGAGGCGUCUGAUCUGGGAGAAGAAUUUCAAGGCCAUUGAGAUUCACAAUCUGGAGUUCUCCUUGGAUCUGCACUCCUACAAGCUGGGGCUCAACCAACUGGGAGACCUGACCACGGACGAGGUUAAUGCCAUGCUGAACGGAUUGUUAAUGCCAGCGACGGGUGAGAUGAAUCACACCUUCACUCUGCCACCCAAUGCCAGUAUGCCUCUGACCAUGGACUGGCGGCUGGGCGGGUUUGUGAGUGAAGUGAAAAACCAGGGUUCGUGUGGCUCCUGCUGGGCGUUCAGCUCUGUGGGGGCCCUUGAGGGUCAGCUCAAGAAGACCACGGGCCACCUGGUCAGCCUCAGCCCCCAGAACCUGGUGGACUGCUCCUGGAGGUACGGGAACCAUGGCUGCCACGGAGGUUUAAUGAGCAAAGCCUUCCUCUACAUCGAAGGCAACAAGGGCAUUGACUCGGAAGCAGCGUACCCUUACAAACACAAGGAGGGAAAAUGCCGCUACAACGUGUCAGGCCAGGCUGCCACCUGCUCUGGGCACCAGAUCCUGCCACAAGGGGACGAGACUGCCCUGCAAUACACCGUCGCCAGCUUCGGACCUGUGGCCGUGGGCAUUGAUGCCACCCGGUUCUCCUUCCACCACUACAGAGGAGGUUUGUAUUACGAACCCUCCUGCAGCAGUCUGAAGGUGAACCACGCCGUGCUGGUGGUGGGGUACGGCACGGAGAAUAGACAGGAUUACUGGAUUGUGAAGAACAGCUGGGGCACCUCCUGGGGUGAAAAGGGAUACAUCCGCAUGGCGAGAAAUCGAGACAACAACUGCGGUAUCGCUACAUUCGCCAUCGUGCCAAAAGUGUGACCGCCCGCUGGCAGAGUGGGGCCACGGGCAUUGUGAAGGACAGCAAUGCCACGGUCGGCGUGGCACAAGACAACAGGAGCUUGAAUAGCACGGGCGUGCG